CUUUAGUGUAUAAAUAAUGGUAGCUUCCACUUCGUUGAAUGUAGUACCUGAUGAUCCAACCGCAUAUAAAACCAGGGAAUACUGGGAAGAACGAUAUCAAAAUGAAGACAGUGGGACGACAUUCGAUUGGUUCAAAACAUAUGAUGAACUCAAACCUUUAUUUGACAAUCAUAUCAGAGAUAAAAAUGCAAAGAUCCUUAUUUUAGGUUGUGGUAACUCUACUUUAGGGGAAGAUAUGUACAAAGAUGGUUAUCGCAACAUUACCAAUAUUGAUUACUCAAAGACAGUUAUUGACAAUAUGAAAGAAAGAUGCGGUGAUACUCCUGGAAUGACUUGGUUAGAAAUGGAUAUCCGGGAUUUGAAAUUCGAAGAUAGAUCAUUUGAUAUAGUGAUUGACAAAGGGACAAUGGACGCAAUUCUCUGUAAUCGUGGAGAUGUUUGGGAACCUAGUGAAGAACUGAUUAAUGAAGUGAAACAAGAAGUGGACGAAGUAGUGCGCGUUCUCAAGGUAGGUGGUGCCUUUUUAUAUAUCACGUUUGGUCAGCCUCAUUUCAGACGACGUCACUUGGAAAGGGAUUGUUGGGAAGUCAAGAUAACUACGAUGGGUGAAGCCUUCCAUUACUUUUUUUAUUCUAUGGUCAAACAACAAUAGUGCAUAGUAUAUUUAUUUUUUUAUUUAGUAGGAAACGGGUUUGGAAAAUGGCUCUUGAUUUUUUGUUUUGCGGGAAAUUAUUGUGAAAUUUAAAAAUAAAUGAAAAAAAAAAAAAGAAUAGACCUUUGUUGUUAUUAUAUUUUU